GAUCUAUCCAUAUUCCCCCAGACGGAGCACUUCGGGGACGCCUUCACAGUCCUUCCUUCGGGUUAAAGGAAAAUGCGCUGGCGGGCCAAUGGCCUGAAACAUCUCUCCUCCACGAAUCCAACCAGUGCUAAUAAUGUCUGCAUUUGCCACGCUCCUCACCACUGACUCAUAUCUCCAAGGCGCACUGGUGCUCGCUGCCUCGCUGCGCGCAACCAGCACCAAACAUGCCAUCAUCUGUCUUGUCGCCGACGGCCAGCUCUCCAAGUCUACACUCGACCGCCUUGCAGGUGCCUUUGACCAGGUUGUGCCUGUGCCGCUCCUGGAUACCCAAGACAAGCGCAGCCUGGCGCUUCUGGGCCGCCCGGAUCUUGGCUCCACGGUGACCAAGCUUGGUGUCUGGGGGCUUACCAGCUAUGAGCGCAUCGCGUUCUUGGAUGCCGACACACUGGUUCUGCAAUCAAUCGAUGAGCUGCUGGAUGGGCCAAAGGAGGAAGAGUAUAGGCCAAACGGCGGAAUGAGGAACCAGGGGCUGCUGGCCGCGGCGCCUGAUCUCGGGUGGCCCGACUGCUUCAAUUCGGGUGUGUUCGUUGCAAAGCCGGCAGAGCAGACGCACAAGGGCCUGCUCGACAUGCUUAUCACUCAAGGAUCUUUCGAUGGUAACGUAUUGACGUGUAUUAUUUGGCGCUGCGCUACCCCCUCCCCAAAAGCGAUGAACAUUCAUCCCCUCCCCAACGAGGAUGCAGGCGGCGACCAGGGCCUUCUCAACGCGUAUUUCGCCGACUGGAGCCGGGCAGACCCGACACGCCGCCUGCCCUUUGCGUUCAACACCACAUCCACCAGCUUCUACACAUACGCGCCCGCGUUCAGGCGUUUCUCGGACGACGUCCGGGUUGUGCAUUUUAUCGGCCCAAACAAGCCCUGGACAUGGCUCCGCGCCGCCAACGGGUCCAUUGACGCUGGCUCUGCCACCGACAACACAGAGCUGGUUGAGAAGUGGUGGAGUGUCCAUGACCAGUAUGUGGCGGAGUGGUCGCCUGAAAGAGAAGCAUACGACAAGUGGCAGGCGUUUUCGGCCGAGGGAUACCAUCAGGAUAUCAGCAGCGAACAGACUGUGGACCUAUCGUCAUCUACCAGCACCGGGUCACACCAUAUGCUCGACAACGCGUGGAAGCGAAAUGAUAGACCGCCAGCUGAUAUUCGCGUCGAUGCCUCCAGCACAGAGUGGGGUCGGGCUCGUCCUCAAGGCGCUCGAGCAACGACAGGUUGGCAGCCAUCGCCAAUAAACACAUAG